AUUAGUAACACCAUUUGUACUGUGAUUGGACCAGGUUUGAUAGUGGGAAGUGCCCGUACGCCGGUGUCUCCCUGGUUGCGCAAGACGCCAUUUUGGAGUGACAGUGAAAGAUAACGGAAAGAUCGAGAAGCUGUCUUUCUAAAGCUUUGUCACCAUGGGGAAUGUAUUUGCAAACUUAUUCAAGGGCCUGUUUGGCAAAAAAGAGAUGAGGAUUCUUAUGGUCGGGCUUGAUGCUGCUGGAAAAACUACUAUCCUAUAUAAACUGAAACUUGGAGAGAUAGUCACCACCAUUCCCACCAUUGGUUUUAAUGUUGAAACUGUAGAAUACAAGAACAUCAGCUUCACGGUGUGGGAUGUGGGCGGUCAGGACAAAAUCAGGCCGCUGUGGCGCCACUACUUCCAGAACACUCAAGGGCUUAUCUUCGUGGUGGACAGCAACGACAGGGAGCGAGUGAACGAGGCGAGGGAGGAGUUGUCCAGAAUGCUCGCUGAGGACGAACUCAGAGACGCCGUGCUGCUCGUUUUCGCAAACAAACAGGAUCUCCCCAACGCUAUGAAUGCUGCAGAGAUCACAGACAAGCUGGGCCUGCACGCCCUCCGCCAGCGCAGCUGGUACAUCCAGGCCACCUGCGCCACCAGCGGGGACGGCUUGUACGAGGGCCUGGACUGGCUCUCCAACCAGCUGAAGAACCAGAAAUGAUCCAUUCCACCGGUUUUGAUUUUUGUUUGUUGUUUAUUUUUUUCUGUUUUCAACACAGCGGCAGCACCGGAUCCAAGCCCCUUCGCUCCCAUCUAACCCAACUCUCAACCCCGGCUCUUUCUUUCAAGAACUUCCUUCAUUCCCCUCCUCCUGCUUUCUCCCUUCGUCAGUACUCUUGGGGCUCUAGUCUGUGCUGCUUGUGUGUGUGCGUGUGUGCGUGCGUGUGUGUGGGCGUGUGUGAGUGUGUGUGUACCUUGUGUGUUCAGCGAGUGUGUGUGGGUGUGAAGGCGUCUCUGUGUAUGUUGGCUGGGAUUGGGAGUAACCCUGGCGUGCCUUUUACACACCUCCUGUGGAAUCAGCAGUCUGGUUUUCAAGCCCCCUUUCUCCAUCCACCAAACUCAGCCUCCGCCCCACUCAGCCUACCCCCACUCCAAGUCUUGCACGGCCCCCUUCUCCCCCACCCUUACUCUCCAGAGGAAGCAUGGUUUUCAUACGGCAAAGAAAGAGCAAGGGUGCAAGCUCUCCUCCCCCUCCCUGUAGGAUAUAUAUCUAUGUUGACUAGAAAUGUUCACCUGAUGUAGACUGAAUGCUAAAUGUUCAUUUUAACCUCCUUUUUUGAUUUUGAAACCUCAAACCCACCAGUAAGAGAUUCAGUAAAUUGCAUCUUAACCUGUAUCAGGUCGAAGCAAAUCAAAAAAUAGAAAAGGAAAUAAAGAGAAACGCCCAUCCUCGAUCAUUCUGGUGUCAUUUGAAAAUCAUGCUGUUUGUUUUAUUAUGAUUAUGAUUAUUAUUAUUAUUAUAUUGGGAUAUAGCAUAUUAUUCUUAGCAAUGGUUCUCCAAUGAACACUACCUUUGUCCCCCACGAAGCGAGACCGUGAAGCACAAGGCAAGCCAACAAUCUUAAAAAUUAAAUCUACUGUAAAAUUAGAAUCUGCGAGGAUUAUGCAAUUCUUGUCUUUUCCAGCUUAUUUUUAUUUGGCAGCUGAUGUUUAAUUCCCAGGACUGAAUUGGAUUUUCGAGAUGCCCUUCAGUACAUCCAAGCAUCCUGACAGUGUUCCUACUUCAUGUGGGUCAAAAACAAGGUGUUGGACAUUUCACAAACUUUAGCCUCUUGACAGAGACAGGUGUCAUGAUACUUUCACACGCUUCACAUGUUAUUCCUUUAUGAGAUGUUACAUGUUUGUUUUUCUCCUGUAACUAGUUUUAGCAUUUCAGUUUGUACUAUGACUGCUGAACCAAAUGCAUUUGAGCAGUACGACAAAUCCUGUAUAUGAAAGUAGCGGGCCCGAACUGCAUCUGAUUUUUUUGUCAGAGGAAAGAGGUUUUUCUCACAAACGGUUGGCAGUUUUUAUUUUGAAAUCUGAAAAGCAUCCAGCUGUCUAAUUUUCCUGAUUGGGAUGAAGGAUUGGCACCAGAAUAUGAAGGCUCUUUAACUGUGAACAGUCCAGACGUAUGAAGAGGGGAGACUAGUUCAGUGUCUGGGUGUUGACAGGGCGCCGCAUACUUCAUGUUUGAACAGACCAACACAACACGCACUCUGUCAGUGAGCUGAAAGGACUUGGUGGUAGACCGUUCAUGGGGAACGGGCGUGCAGUUAAAUGGUCGUGAGAUUUCAGCAGGCGUUCCCACUGUCGAACCAUGGGGGUUAAGCUGGCACUUCUGUCAAGAAUGAUUGUAAAUCUGUUAAGUUCCCCUGUAAACUGUUUCUGUGGGGAUUUCCUGAACACAUUAAUAAACAUGAUUUGAUCCAA